UGUGGCAGAUUCAACAGAGGCUGAUGCAGUGAACGAAAAUAAGACAGAAGAUUUUGAUUUCAGUGCUAAAUUCCAGUGAGGGUUUGUGGCGAAAGGUACUCUCAGUGCCUUCAGUGAACAUCCUGACUUUGCUUGAGUUGGCCAAAAAACCCUUUUUGGGACUUCCCACCACCUGAGAAAGGCCAGGAAGUGCGAGAUUCAUCUGUGCGUACGGGGGCAUAUCAAUCAAUGAAUUUUGACAUUCAAAACAGUUGAUCGCGGUGCCAGCAAAGCAGCCCAAGGAGGUGAUUUCCGUGGCUGAAUCUCCGUACUUGGAGCACUUCCUGUUGGGACAUAUUUUUGUUGUUUUUUUGGAAGUGUUUGUGUGGUGAUUGUGUGACAGAGCAGGAGUCCUGGGUGAGAGAGAAGAGAUGGCAUCGUGUGUGGGUGAGGAUAUCCGGACACCGCUGGUGGCAACGGAAGUUAGUACACCACCAGGAGGGAGAUCAGUGAAGGUUAAUGGAGCAACAGCGGCGGCACGACCUGCAUCCUCCCCUGUAGCUCUCAUGAAGAUUAAGACGUAUCUGUUGGCUCUGCGACCGUGGUCACUGUCCGCUAGUCUUGUGCCUACCCUCCUGGGAACGGCUCUUGCGUACAGAUCAGCACAUACGUAUGAUUUCAAUGUCUUCACCUUCUUCCUCACCCUCUUCACCAUCAUCUCCGUUCACGGGGCCGGGAAUGUUGUCAACACGUACUUUGACUUCAUCAAAGGGAUUGACAACCGGAAGUCUGACGAUCGUACGCUUGUUGAUCACAUCCUGACGAAGGACGAGGUCGUGUCUUUGGGCGCUGUGCUGUACCUGGCAGGUUGUGUGGGCUUCAUCCUACUGGCAAUGCUGAGUCCCGCACGAAUGGAGCACCUGGCCAUGGUGUACUUUGGUGGCCUGAGCUCCAGCUUCCUCUAUACGGGUGGCAUUGGGUUGAAGUACAUCGCCCUGGGGGAUGUUCUGAUUCUCAUAAUUUUCGGACCUAUCUCAGUAUUAUUUGCCUACAUGGCACAAACGGGAUACUUUGAGUGGACCACCAUCUACUACGCCAUCCCCCUGGCACUCAACACCGAGGCCAUCUUGCACAGCAACAACACGCGCGACACAGAAUCCGACAAGAAGGUAGGCAUUGUAACUUUGGCCAUCAUAAUUGGGCGCACAGCAUCGCAAGUACUGUACGCGUUGCUCCUCUUCACGCCGUACAGCAUGUUUGUCGUGCUGGCCGUGAAGUAUUCCGUGUGGUACCUCCUGCCGCUCGUAACGCUGCCGCAUGCCUUCAGGAUUGAGAAGGAAUUCCGCAAUCCAGCCACCAUGUACAGCGUCCCACGACAGACGGCCAAGUUGAACCUCUUCUUUGGGCUCCUCUAUGUUCUCACGAUAUUCUGUACGCCCCAUUUACCCUUUAUUUCGCGCAAAUGAACCCCCCUAUCUCUCUCCCCAUGCGAAGUGUCGCCGUAAAUCCUCCAACUCAUUUAGCGGAGCCCUCAUAUUUUUAAAAAAUAUAAUUAUAAGUUUUUAUGGCAAAAGUCUUUUACAAUGAAAAAAAAAAUGGAAAUUGCUGGACUCUUCUGAGGAAUAAAAAAACGCGAAGAGCUUAAACAAUAAGUCGCAAAAACUGUGAGAGAUAAAGAACAUCACAUUUUCUUUUA